AGGGGGCGGAGUUGGGGGAGGAAGGAUUCGCUUUGCGCGUGGCAUGAAUGAGCCACGCAAAGUCCCACCUUCAGGCCCAGUUUGCAGCAGCAGGAAGAGGAAUUGCCUAAAUCGAGAAAAAGGCGCCAAACAGAGGGCUGAGCUAGCUCCCCUGCCCGGGUCUCCCUCCUUCCCCGCCGCCCAGCCAUGCCCGCCGCGGGCUCCGAGCUGCAGAGCCGGCCGGCGCCGGAGCCGAGGGCCGAGCCGCAGGAGGUCGCCGCCGCGGGCCCGGGCUCCGGCCCCCGCCCCCCGGCCCGGGCUCACGGGGAGAAGCAGUAUCUGGAGCAGCUGGAGCACAUCCUCCACCACGGCUACCAGAAGGGGGACCGCACGGGCACCGGCACCCUGUCCGUGUUCGGCUUGCAGGCCCGCUACAACCUCCGAGAUGAGUUUCCUUUGCUGACAACCAAACGUGUGUUCUGGAAGGGUGUGCUAGAGGAAUUGCUGUGGUUUAUUAAGGGUUCUACAAAUGCUAAGGAACUCUCUGCCAAAGGAGUGAAAAUCUGGGAUGCCAAUGGAUCUCGAGACUUUUUGGACAAGCAGGGAUUCACUACCAGGGAGGAAGGAGAUUUGGGACCAGUGUAUGGCUUCCAGUGGAGACAUUUUGGGGCAGAAUACAAAGAAAUGAACACAGAUUAUUCUGGGCAAGGAAUAGAUCAACUACAAAAAGUCAUUGACACAAUCAAAACCAACCCUGAUGACAGAAGGAUCAUUAUGUGUGCCUGGAAUCCUAAAGAUCUUCCUCUGAUGGCAUUGCCUCCAUGUCACGCUCUCUGUCAGUUCUAUAUACUGAAUGGCGAGCUCUCUUGUCAGUUAUAUCAACGAUCUGGAGAUAUGGGCCUCGGGGUGCCGUUCAACAUUGCCAGUUAUUCCCUGCUCACCUACAUGAUUGCUCAUGUCACAGGUCUGAAGCCAGGUGAUUUUGUACAUACUCUGGGAGAUGCUCAUAUAUACUUGAAUCAUAUUGAGCCACUGAAAAUUCAGCUUCAACGAGAACCAAGACCUUUCCCUAAACUCAAAAUUCUUCGAAAAGUUGAAGCUAUUGAUGAUUUCAAGGCUGAGGACUUCCUGAUUGAAGACUACAAUCCGCAUCCAGCUAUUAAAAUGGAGAUGGCUGUCUAAAGCAGCCUGAAUGUCCAGCUGAAAAUGUAUUCUGUCUUUUCCAAGAUAUUAUGUAGACUGUAUAUUAUUAUAAAGCAUCCUUAUUUUGGCAAACAAAAUGUAGUUUAUGUUAUAAAGAUAUGAAAAGGGGUGUUAGGAGUGGAGGAAAUCUAAUUCACCCCUAUGACAAACACAUAGGUAAAAUGAU